AUAUCUUUAGGAUCCAAGACCCGGGCCAUAGGGAAUGCAGCAAAGAGCCAGAUUGUCACAAAUGUAAAAAAUACAUUGCAUGGCUUCAAAAAACUGCAUGGAAGAGCAUUUGAAGAUCCUUACAUACAAGCUGAAAGGGUCAAACUUCCCUAUGAGCUUCAGAAGAUGCCAAAUGGCUCUGUAGGAGUAAAGGUAAGAUACCUAGAUGAAGAGAGACCAUUUGCAAUUGAACAGAUAACAGGAAUGUUGCUGGCCAAGCUCAAAGAGACUUCAGAAAGUGCUUUGAAGAAGCCAGUGGCAGACUGUGUCAUUUCAGUACCCAGUUUCUUCACUGAUGCUGAGAGAAGGUCUGUAAUGGCAGCUGCACAGAUUGCAGGAUUAAAUUGUCUCAGACUGAUGAAUGAAACGACAGCAGUUGCACUAGCCUAUGGCAUAUACAAGCAAGAUCUGCCUGCCUUGGAAGAAAGGCCAAGAAAUGUGGUCUUUGUAGAUAUGGGACAUUCUGCAUAUCAGGUUUCAAUCUGUGCUUUUAACAAGGGAAAACUAAAGGUCUUGGCAACUACCUUUGAUCCUUUCUUAGGUGGUAGGAAUUUUGAUGAGGCUUUGGUAGACUACUUCUCUGAAGAAUUCAGGACAAAAUACAAACUGAAUGUAAAAGAGAAUCCCCGGGCACUGCUGCGACUGUAUCAGGAAUGUGAAAAACUAAAGAAGCUUAUGAGUGCAAAUGCUUCUGACCUUCCACUUAAUAUUGAGUGCUUCAUGAAUGACCUUGAUGUAUCUAGUAAGAUGAACAGAGCUCAGUUUGAACAAUUGUGUGCUGCUCUUCUGUCCAGAGUGGAACCUCCUCUAAGAGCAGCCAUGGAUCAAGCUAAACUUCAGCGUGAAGAUAUCUAUGGUAUAGAAAUAGUAGGUGGGGCCACUAGAAUCCCAGCGGUCAAGGAACAAAUCUCUAACUUUUUUUGUAAAGAAAUCAGCACCACACUAAAUGCUGAUGAAGCUGUUGCAAGAGGCUGUGCCUUGCAGUGUGCAAUUCUUUCCCCAGCUUUUAAAGUACGUGAAUUUUCCAUCACAGAUGUUGUUCCUUAUUCAAUAACAUUAAGAUGGAAAUCAUCUUAUGAAGAAGGAACAGGGGAAUGUGAAGUCUUCAGUAAGAACCAUGCUGCUCCAUUCUCAAAAGUAAUUACUUUUCACAAGAAAGAACCUUUUGAUCUGGAAGCUUACUAUUCCCAUCCUCAUGAAGUGCCUUAUCCUGAUUCUAGAAUAGGGCGUUUCACUAUUCAAAACGUUGUUCCCCAACAUGAUGGUGACAAUUCCAAAGUAAAGGUUAAAGUGCGUGUCAACAUCCAUGGUCUCUUUAGUGUGGCCAGUGCCUCAGUAAUAGAGAGGCAGAACAUAGAUGGAGAUCACAACGACACACCUAUGGACACUGAAUCAUCAAGUAAGAACCAAGGCAGAGAUGAUGAGCUGCAAUUAUCUUUGAUUAUUGAGGAUGAUACCCUCGACUCUGAGGAGGAGGAUAAAAUGCAGAUUGAUCAAGAUGAAGGUAUUCAGAAAAGUCAGGCUGAACAACAGAGCCAAGCAGACGAAGAAAAUGAAAACACAGGAACGGAAACAAAAACUGCUUCUGGAGACAAGCAAGAUCAUCUAAACCAGCCUAAAGCUAAAGCAAAAGUCAAAAGUAUUGACCUACCUAUACAGGCUAGCCUCUACAGACAACUAGGACAAGAUCUUAUCAAUUGCUACAUAGAAAAUGAGGGGAAGAUGAUGAUGCAAGACAAGCUCGAGAAGGAAAGAAAUGAUGCUAAGAAUGCUGUGGAAGAAUAUGUAUAUGACUUCAGAGACAAGCUGUGUGGAGUUUUUGAGAAAUUCAUCACUGAAGAAGAUUCAAAUAAACUGACCUUGAUGUUGGAAGAUACAGAAAACUGGCUUUAUGAAGAUGGAGAAGACCAGCCAAAACAAGUGUAUAUGGAUAAGCUUCAGGAGUUAAGAAAAUUUGGACAACCUAUUCAGGAAAGAUAUAUGGAACACGAAGAGAGACCAAAAGCUUUAAAUGAACUGGGAAAGAAGAUUCAGCUCCUUAUGAAAGCAGUAGAAGCAUAUAAAAAUAAGGAUGAAAAAUAUGAUCACCUAGACCCUUCUGAGAUGGAAAAAGUUGAAAAAUACAUUAGUGAAGCUAUGAAUUGGUUGAACAGCAAAAUGAAUGCCCAAAAUAAACUAAGUUUAACUCAGGAUCCAGUCGUCAAAGUGGCAGAAAUGUUGGCAAAAUCCAAGGAGCUGGAUAGCUUCUGUAACCCUAUUGUGUACAAGCCCAAGCCAAAGGUAGAAGCUCCUAGCAAUGGGCAGGCGAAAGCUAAUGGUGAACACAACGGACCAGUGAACGGGCAGAGCGGAGCCGAAUCCAGGCCAGAUCCAGCCAAGGAGUACUCCCAGCAGACCAAACCGUCUGGAGAAAUGGAAGUGGACUAAAUCCUACGUUUCUUUCACUUAAUUAAAAUAGUGCAAGUAACCACAGGGUCCAUUCUUUUGUCUGGUACACACCUCAAAUGUUCAGUUAUUCCUAGCCAACUUUGUCAUUUGUUGUUGCAGUAGUUUUUUGAAAGUGUUUUAUAUUAAGUACACUUCUGUUCAUUUCCACUGAUGCUGCUUAUGUGGAGCUUUAGCCAAAUGUAGAUUGUAUAAGUCAGUUCAAGCUUUCCCAAUAUAUUUUAUAUCUCAAACAUACAGAAUUGAUAUAUAAAUGGCAACAAUCUACCUUAUUUAAAGCUUUUAUUGUGGAUAAACCUCAGCUCCUUUAUUCAGGAAAGGAUACUGUAUUGCACUACUGAUGCUCAAGUAUAGAUCUAACUGCAUCUUUAUUUUGGAAAAAUAUUGGAAUUGAAGUGGCAAACUGUCACUUGAAGCACUGACCUUUUCUAGUUAUUGUAUUGUUAUAAUUUAAAUAUUAAAAUAGAGGUUAGUUGGCA